AUUAAUUAUUUAAAAAGCAUUAAAAGUUAGUUUUGGAGUUCCAUUGUAAUGGCAGUUGCGAAGAGGAAACUGAAGCGGAGUGCUCAAGUUGAAGGUCACCGAAACUAACCAACCAAAACAAACCCUUCAAACACAAGAAAACGGUUAUUAUAUUCUUCAGAUCUAUACAACAAUAGAUCCAUUCCCAAGGGAAAAUGGAUCAUUUCACAGAUAAGUUCCCGCCAAUGGAUCUGAUGCGUUCCGAGAAGAUGACCUUUGUUCAACUCAUCAUUCCCGCCGAGUCCGCUCACCGAGCCAUUACCUAUUUAGGCCAACUCGGUCUUCUUCAAUUCCGUGACUUAAAUGCUGAAAAAAGCCCCUUCCAGAGAACAUUUGUUAACCAGGUAAAGCGAUGUGCAGAAAUGUCAAGAAAGCUACGAUUCCUCAUGGAUCAGACCAAUAAAGCUGGGAUUAAGUCUUCCUGUUCUGUUUUGAAAUCAGAUAUAUACUUGGAGGAUAUAGAGACACAACUUGCUGAGCAUGAACAUGAGAUAAUUGAAAUGAACUCUAACAGUGAGAAACUUCAGCAAGCAUAUAACGAACUCCUGGAGUUCAAGAUUGUGCUGCAAAAGGCAUGUAGUUUUCUUGUAUCAAAUCAUGGCCAUGCCGUUGCAGAAGAGCGAGAACUGGAGGAGAAUGUAUACUCAAAUGGAGACUUUGUUGAGACGCCAUUUUUAUUUGAACAGGAAACGUUGCCUGGACCAUCAAAAUCAAACCAAUCUGGUUUAAGAUUUAUCAGCGGGAUAAUAUGUAAAUCCAAAGUUCUUAGCUUUGAAAGGAUAUUAUUUCGUGCUACAAGAGGCAAUAUGCUCUUCAACCAGGCACCAGCUGAUGAACAAAUUAUGGAUCCUAUUUCAACUGAGAUGGUUGAGAAGACAGUGUUUGUUGUGUUUUUCUCUGGGGAGCAAGCAAGAACAAAGAUUCUGAAAAUUUGUGAAGCAUUUGGUGCCAAUUGUUACCCUGUUCCUGAAGAUAUAACUAAACAAAGGCAAAUAACCCGAGAGGUUUCAUCACGCCUCACUGACUUAGAGGCAACUUUGGAUGCUGGGAUUAGGCAUCGGAAUAAGGCUCUAUCUUCAGUAGGAGGUCAUUUAGCUAAAUGGAUGGACAUGGUAAGAAGAGAGAAGGCUGUGUAUGAUACGCUGAACAUGUUAAAUUUUGAUGUCACCAAAAAAUGUCUUGUUGGAGAGGGCUGGUGUCCAUUAAUUGCAAAAACACAGAUUCAGGAGGUACUGCAACGUGCAACUUUUGACAGCAACUCUCAAGUGGGGGUAAUCUUUCAUUCAAUGGAUGCACUGGAAUCGCCACCUACAUAUUUUAGAACCAAUAGUUUCACAAAUCCAUAUCAAGAAAUUGUAGAUGCAUAUGGUGUUGCAAGAUAUCAAGAAGUAAAUCCUGCAGUUUACACAACUAUUAUAUUCCCAUUUCUCUUUGCGGUGAUGUUUGGGGACUGGGGUCAUGGAAUUUGCCUGCUGCUUGGAGCAUUGGUUCUUAUAGCACAUGAAAGCAAGCUCAGCAAUCAGCGACUAGGAAGCUUUAUGGAGAUGCUAUUUGGUGGACGCUAUGUGAUUCUAUUGAUGUCAUUAUUUUCAAUGUAUUGUGGGUUAAUCUACAAUGAAUUCUUCUCGGUUCCUUUUCACAUAUUUGGUGCGUCUGCUUACAAAUGCCGAGAUAUUUCAUGCAGGGAUGCACAUACUACUGGCUUAGUAAAAUACAGAGAACCAUACCCAUUUGGUGUCGAUCCCAGCUGGCGUGGAAGUCGUUCAGAAUUGCCCUUUCUGAACUCUCUCAAGAUGAAGAUGUCUAUUCUAUUUGGUGUGGUGCAUAUGAACUUAGGAAUUAUGUUAAGUUAUUUCAAUGCUCGUUUCUUUGGCAGCUCGCUGGAUAUAAGGUAUCAGUUUGUGCCGCAGAUGAUUUUCCUUAACAGUCUAUUUGGCUAUCUUUCCCUUCUCAUUGUUCUCAAGUGGUGUACUGGCUCUCAGGCAGACCUUUAUCAUAUAAUGAUUUACAUGUUUUUAAGUCCCUUUGACAAUCUUGGUGAGAAUGAGUUGUUCUGGGGCCAAAGGCCACUUCAAGUUUUGUUAUUGCUUCUGGCUGUAAUUGCAGUGCCAUGGAUGCUCUUUCCAAAGCCUUUUAUACUAAAGAAACUUCAUAACGAGAGAUUUCAAGGACGCACUUAUGGCAUGCUUAAUACCUCUGAGGCGGAUCUUGAGGUGGAACCGGAUUCUGCCAGGCAACAUCGUGAGGAAUUUAAUUUCAGUGAGGUCUUUGUUCACCAAAUGAUUCACUCCAUCGAGUUUGUUCUGGGUUCUGUUUCAAAUACGGCAUCAUAUCUUCGACUUUGGGCAUUAAGCUUGGCUCACUCAGAACUUUCAACUGUAUUUUAUGAGAAAGUCCUGCUACUAGCUUGGGGGUAUGACAAUCUUAUCAUUCGGUUAGUGGGGCUAGUUGUUUUUGCCUUUGCAACUGCUUUUAUACUCCUGAUGAUGGAGACUCUGAGUGCUUUUCUUCAUGCCCUGCGUCUUCAUUGGGUUGAAUUUCAAAAUAAAUUCUACCACGGUGACGGCUACAAGUUCAGACCUUUUUCCUUUGCCACCUUAACAGAGGAUGAAAAUUGAUAAAUUCUUGUCUGUUUUGGUUUGUUGACAAGUAUAUGCAAAGGAUACAUACAUAGGUAGAUGGAGUACAAUGGUAAUUUUGUGGGAACCAAUUUGGUGGCUAUGGAAGUAGAGGAGCAACUUGAUAUUUGACCAAGCAACAAAAUUCUGGCUCAUUUCCGGUGGCUAUGCUGGUGUGACAUAUUUCGACCAACAGUCGUGGAAGUCAUCUGUAAUAGAAUUUUCACUUUUUAAUUUAUUUGAUCACUUAGAGUAGGAAAACGGGAAAAAAGUUAGAGAAGAGAAUGGUUAGAUUAAUUUUUUGUAAAGAAAGUCCAUCAUAGUGUAGCUAUUGCUUUUUUGUUGUUUGGGGUUACACAUACACAAAAUAUGUAGUAGGGACUUUGGAGAAAGAAGGCAUUUAUUCUGAAAUUUUCUUGUAAUGAUUUUUCUCAAGUUAUAAUCCCAUCAUUUUAUUUCCUUGUAAGGUUAAAUUUUGAAGUAGUGAAGUUUGUUCGUUUCUCUGA